UCUAGAAAAACAAAAAAAAUUCUAUCCUAUUGAAUCGAAACGGUUGAGAACCCGUCAGUUAUGAGUUAUGUUGCCAUCCAUGUUGCCAUCCGUAAUCAUGGGUCCUUCACAAUGUCACCUUGCGUGCAAAUCCAGAGACGGAUGAAGUCGAUGUUCAAAAUUUGUGAGCAGAUCACCAAUCUGUCAUCAUCAGAAUUGUCUAGUGAUAGCACGCAUGUUGGCAUCCUAGCUACAGCUGCUCUUGCAGCGGCAAACAAUAGCCCCUUUACUGUGUUCUAUAAUUUAAAGUCCACGUAAUAAAAAAUUUAUGAAAAUGUGAACUGAUAUUUGGUGUUAUGGCAAUACCAACCCUGUUAGUGGAAAAGAAAAUUGUUUUUUUGUGCUUAUUUUUGUUUAAGAUAGUGCUGUUACGUAUUAGUAAAAUGGAUAUUAUAUUGAGAUUUUAUUUAA